ACAAAGAUUGAAGAUUGCCCAUGUGUUGAGACAACAGUCCCUUGCUUAGAUUGAUUAGUUGUUGGAAGUAAGAUUAAAAUACAAGAAACGGAAUGUUAAGAAAUAGAAAGAGACAGUGACAGAAAGCAGCAGCUCCAAUUCUCUACAGUGAUUUCCAUUUCAAAUUUCAGAUGCUGAAUUUCCUGCUUAUCAGCUAAAUCGAUUCAGUAAUUAUUACCUAGUGUUUGAAGGAAUUGUGAUUGUUGUCUAGCAAAUGGCUUUCUGGGUGCCUUUGUUUCUAUAUACUGCGGCGUGUUGUCUUCCUGUGAUUUUUGCUCAAGAAACUGCGUAUGCAACAGUGGUUGUUAGGGGUGCUACGAAGGUUGCUGAGACUGAUGAUCAUUUUGUUUGUGCUACUAUUGAUUGGUGGCCAUCAGAUAAGUGUAACUACAACCAUUGCCCAUGGGGAGAGUCCACUGCCUUAACCCUGAACUUGUCUCAUCCGUUGCUCGCCAAGGCCAUAAGAGCCUUCGAUCAUUUGAGAAUAAGAAUCGGAGGAUCUCUGCAAGACCAAGUUAUCUAUGACGUGGGCGCCUUGAAAUAUCCUUGUCAUGCUCGUCCAUUUUUUAGAAAGAAAGAUGGGCUGUUUGGAUUUUCCAAUGGUUGUUUACAUAUGAACAGAUGGGACGAGCUCAACGACUUACUUGGCAAGACAGGGGCCAUAAUUACAUUUGGACUGAAUGCACUUUAUGGGAGGCACAAAACAGGAAAAGGUGUCUGGGGAGGUGCUUGGAACGCGAGUAAUGCCCGUGAUUUCAUCGAGUACACUAUCUCCAAAGGAUACCAUAUUGAUUCAUGGGAAUUUGGUAACGAGCUGAGUGGAAAUGGAGUUGGUGCCAGUGUUGGUGCCACACAAUACGGAGAAGAUUUAAUCAACCUCAAAGCUAUCAUCAAUGAUUUAUACAAGAACUCCGACGUCAAACCCUUGCUUAUAGCACCAGGAGGAUUCUUUGAUCUGAAAUGGUAUGCAAGGUUUCUUAACGUAUCUGGGUUGAACACAGUGAAUGCAUUGACACAUCAUCUGUACAAUCUGGGCGCUGGUGAUGAUCCCCAUCUUGUGAGUAAGAUAUUGGAUCCGUAUCAUUUGAAUAGGGUUGCUGGAACUUUCGUCAAUCUUCAGGAAACAAUAAAAAGACAUGGUCCUUGGGCUUCUGCUUGGGUUGGAGAAGCUGGAGGAGCCUACAAUAAUGGUGGUCGUCAUGUGUCCAAUAGAUUUGUUAAUAGCUUCUGGUACUUAGAUCAGCUUGGAAUGUCAUCCAAGUACGAAACUAAGGUAUAUUGUAGACAAUCUUUGAUUGGUGGGAACUAUGGUCUCCUCAACACAACCACAUUUGUUCCCAACCCUGAUUACUACAGUGCACUUCUAUGGCAUCGGCUUAUGGAUAAAAGAGUUCUUUCAGUUGAUAGUGAUGCUUCAGCGCACUUACGUGUUUAUGCUCAUUGUUCAAAGGGAAAAGCGGGCAUAACCUUACUUCUGAUCAAUCUAAGCAACCAUACCGAAUAUCGAAUCAGAGUUCGUAACAAUAUAAACCUCAACUUGGUUGUAGAUAAUCAGCAACAAAAAUCUUUCAUGCAUGGUCUUAGGAGAACAGUUUCAUGGCUUGGAAGAAAAGCAUCAUACGGAGCAUUAUCAAGAGAAGAAUACCAUUUAACUCCGAUGGACGGUAACCUAAGAAGCCAAACUAUGCUUCUGAAUGGUAACCCGUUAGAACUUGCUCACAAUGGAGAUAUCCCGAGUUUGAAUCCUGUUCUUGUCGACAUAAAUUCCCCUGUACUUAUUAUUCCUUUAUCCAUUGCCUUCAUUGCCUUCCCGCAUUUCGAUGCUCCAGCUUGUGUAUGAUUUUUCUAGUACCACAAUUAUUUUCUGCUUCUGCACCCUAUUAUACAGUGCAGGACACUGCUAAGCUGUAACCUCUUGAUAAUUGUAUCGAAAUAGUACCAACUAGUUCAACAACAAAGUUCACUUGCUAAAUGCAAGAUUCUUAUAAGAGUACUAUUAAUAAUUUAUAUUA